GGCCGGGGGUGGGAAGCGCCUCGGCCGCCUCCAUGGGGACGCGGCAGCCAGCGCCGCUCAGGUCCGCCCUCUCCCUCCGGCUCGGGGCCGUUGAGCAUCCUUAGCCUGAGAGAAGCCGAAGAGCUGCGCGUGGAGGGCUUUUUUUUUUGGGGGGGGCUCUCGGGUGGGAUCGGAGGUGGGGGGAGCCGGGACGUUCUUCCCGAAAGCCCCCAACCGGAGAAGGUCCGGCCCGACUCUUUGUCCAGUCUUGGAAGUCCAACAGGUGGAGCCUCCCGCCCUUUCAUAGGGGUGCCUCAACCUGUUGAGUUUCUGCCUCGUCGCUCAAAAGCAGCAGGAGUCACUCGAUGGGGGUGAAUUGAGGUGGGGUGGAAAGCUGGCCCCUGCCAGGAUGCUGCUGCUGCUGCUUUUUACAGGCUAAACUUUUUGUGUGUGUCAUGCUUUUCUCCUGUGAAAUGAAAUGAAGGCAUUUGGAAUUAUCACAGGUGCCUUAGGAUUCUGACUUGCUGUUCUAUUGUGUACUGGUCCAUCAAUACUUGAAGACCAUGCCACUCCUAAGAAACAGCUUGUUGCCUUCAAAUGAUAGCGUUGCGAGUGAUAUUUCAAACCUCCAAGAAAUGAAUUUUUCCAGUGAAAUAGCACCUGCUGAAAAAAGUUCAACAAGUCUAAUUGAGAAGACUGGCUAUCAGGACUCAAUCUAUCGAAAUGCAGCCAACAUUUUUCAAGGCAUUCAUAAAGAAAAACCUCGAGAUAAGGUACUGGUAAAGUAUGGAAAUGGACCACUCCCGCUGGUAACUGAUUUCAAAGAUGAGCGAUGCCAGCGGUUGUCCUAUGAACUGGCUUUCAGUGCUCUAAAAUAUCAAGACGUUCUUGAAAAUAUAUUGAUUGACAGUGGCGUUUAUCCAGUGCAGUCAAUGCCCGAGGAAUUGACAAGUCUAGUUGUUGUGAUGUUGUAUGAUCUUCAAGAUCGGAAAUUUGAAGCCCGCCAGCUUAUUGAUGUUGAUGAAGAACCAAUAACCGAGGUUCAAGAAGUUGAGCAUUACCUGCACAGGUACAAAUUGAAAACAUACGCUGCGGUAGCAAGGUGUCGAAUCAAGCAUGACGCCCUUUCCAUAGAAUGCAUUCUGCCAGAAACUAUACGGAAGCAACAGGAAAGGGCAUCUGCUUUGCCCUUGUUUGCAUGGGUGAAUACACUUAAAGUAAGCCUCGAAGAAGUCCACAGCACUUUACAGAGGGAAGGAUUCACAAGAGUGGAGUCUUUGUCAAAAUUCGAUGGCUGUACCUAUUGCCUAGAUGUGCACUGUGAAGAUUUACUCAUCUUCCCUUCUGCUGUUAAAGAACAGCUGCUGACUCUGGAACUGUUCACUCAUUACAAGCUUUUACUACAGGAUAAGUCCCGGAGCCUGGCUGUGCAUUCUGUGAAGUCUUUAUUGAAUAUGGACGAUGAUAUCUUAAUAGCCCACGCUGGCUCAGGGCUGACUGUAGUACAUAUAACCCCAGUACUAGCAAAUCAAAAGACCUCCAAAGUAUUUGUAUGUGGAGUCAAAUCAGUGACAAAAGAAGCGGAGCUCAAGAAUUUGUUCACACAGAUGGAAUGUAAAAAUAUUGAAAUAUUACAUGAAGAUUUUACAGGCAUCGAACCAACUGAUCAUAAGCUGCAGAAAGUUAAAGUUAUUUUAUUACUGCCUCGCUGCUCAAGUCUGGGUGUUAGUAAUCCAGUAGAAUUUAUUCUAAAUGAACAUGAAGAUGCUGACUUACUUAGAGACUUCUCCCAAGGGUGUGUAGCAGAAGAUAAACUCAAUGUUCUUGCUGAACAGCAGCUUAAGGAAUUGACGCGUGCAAUGCAGUUUAGUAAAGUGCAAGCUGUUGUCUACUGCACCUGUUCAGUUUACCCAGAAGAAAACGAAGCUGUAAUCAACAAGGCACUAACGUCCGGAGCAGAAGGAGCAAAGGCCCAACCAUACAAGCUUUGCCCACCCGUCCUUCCUUUGUGCUGCAAAUCAGAAAUAAAUACCUCUGCUGAGAAUUUUUUCAAACUGGAGCUGUCAGAUAUUUCCAACAGCUGUUUUCUAGCCGUUCUGGCACGAGAGAGGGAUCCAUCUGAGACUGUGUCAGUAAAAGAUGUUCUAGCUCGGGCAGCAGCAAAAGGAUUGUUGGAAGGCUUCGAUUUGGCGAAACCGCCUAAAAGAGAGAAGAAAAAGAAACAAAAAGUAACGCCAACAAAAACUCCCUCUAAAGAUGCAGCAAUACAGUCCAAAAUUCAGGAGUUCCUAGAAAGAGAAAUGAAACCCAACAAGAUUGACUCCGGUUCUUCAGUAUCUAAUGCGAUUGCCGGCACCACUCAAAAAACCAUAAGCCCGACAAAUGAUUCGGCCCAUCUGAAGAAAGGGGCCAAGCCUGUCUCCAACUCAUCCUUACCUGUAAUGUUGAAGGUCGCUCCCACUUCCUCGUUCACACAAAAAGCGCUUGAAAGGCAACGAACUGUUAAGAAACCCAAGUCAGAAGAGAAAAUGAUGGUCUUGAAGCCUGUUGAGAUUGUCCUCCCUCCGGUCAUGAUGCCCUACUUCAACCCACAGGGGAACAGAUCCCAGAUUUCAUCUAACCACUAUUAUUACCACUGGUUUGGAAGAAAAAGUGGAUUAUAUGACCCACUGAGCCCCUCUGCUUCCAAAAAACUGAUCAAGUCAAAAGAACCCUCGUCAUCUUCUACAGGCAAGCACGUUCGCCCGUGGCUUUGAAGACUGCCUUUUGCAACAGCUGCUUAUUUAUCGCAAUUCUUUCAGCAUUUGAAGCUUGUACUCUUCUAGUGGGUUUUUUUUUAAAAAAACCCUCCUGCAUAGGAUUACUUGAGCACCAAGUGCAGAUCUUCAUCAGCACCAGUCUGCUUUUAGAAGGCAAAUAAAACAUUCAGCCCUUUCCCAUGACUAUUAUGGAGAUAGUAGAAGGGACUGUUCUGCAGACUGGGCGUCAUUACGGAAUCCAACUUAAGUGAAUUUUGAAGGUCAAAAUGCACAAAUCUGACCUGUACCCCCAAUUAAGCACAUUGUAAGGGAUAAACUGAAACCAGUUUGUACCGGCACUAGCCGGUCAGUUGCAGCAGAGGCAGAUUUUGUCUGAGCACACUUAGGAACUGAAUGUUAAGGAUAGCUGCUAAAAUCAGAAAGGUAGUGGUGGGUUGCAGUGCCUGGUCACUGGAUGGCCUUGGGGAGUUCCGCUUCCUUGUUUUUCAUUUCUAGAAUUGGUUCCAAUGUCUGCAGAGUGACCUUCCAAGAUUUCUGCCUGUUUUAAUAAUUUGCUCUUACAUAAUCUUUUCCAGAAGGGCAGACGCUUAUUGAACACAAGUUUGGCUUUGAGAAUAGGAUAUCACCAUCUCACCCGAAGGUUUAGGGGUUUUGCACAAGAACAGCUUAAUUACUGGAUGCGUUUCACUCUGCUACUGCUAGACGCUGAACUCCACUAGUAAAUCAGCCUAAAUCUUGUUUAUUAUGCAGUGUAUUUAAAUGGAAACCAAACCUAUUAAAAAUUCCUGAGUAAAGUC